AGUCAGAAAUCCUUCCUGGAAUCCAUUGCACACUUAUCUCUGAAGUGUAAACUUAAAAGUGAGUAAUUUGAGAACUUGGAUGCAGCAGAACAAAACACUGAAAACCAUGCUGUGUUUCCAAAUGCCCUGCUUUCUGACAGAGAGCCAUGAACAGAGUGGUCACCCCUUCAAAGUGGCAAUAUUCUAGUGUUCUAGACUCCUGCGUGCCCAGGAAAGGGAUUUCCCAGAACCUCAGCCAGAAAGUGAUUCUAAUGUUUGCAACAUCAGCUCCCUCACUAACCUCCCAGGAAAUAUACUUUUUAAAGCCACUCAAUGAACUUCCCCUGAGUUGCACAGGAAGGAAACUUGUUGCACAAAGUGAAAAAUGAUAGCGACUGCCAAGGCCCACUGAUGAGAAUCUCAGUUCCUUCCUGUGCUGGAGAGGAUGACAGUGAGAGGGGGAUGGGUGCCCAGCUGGGCAUCUUCUUCUUCAAGUCUGAAGAGGUACUAUCUGCCCCAGGCAGCAUAUCACUGAUCAGACCUGGAGAAAUUACCAGGAGGCGUAUACUGAAUACCUGAGGAGCAUCCAUUAUAUCUCCCAGGUCCUGUUGGAAGAAGUGGAAGCCACCAAAGAAGCUGGGGAGACUGUGCCCCCAGACACCUCAAAGAUGCUGAAGCUGGCCGAGCAGUGUCUGGAGAGAGCCCAGUCAACAGCUGCCAAGCUUGGGAGAACACGGCUGAAGCCAGCCAUGCCCUUGGCCGCUCCUGUCCCCUCACCUACCAGCCGACAUCGCCGGGUGUACUCAGAUGAAGGGGGGAAGCUCUCUCCAUUUCUGCCGCCUGAGAUCUUCCAGAAGCUUCAGGUGGCAGAGUCACAAAGCUCUAAGAAGGAGCUGACACCCCUGGAGGAGGCCUCCCUGCAGAAUCAGAAGCUGAAGACCGCCUACGAGGCCCGGAUGGCCCGUCUGGACCCCAGCCAGGCCACACAGAAGACAUCCUUGAGCCUGUCUCUGCAGCGGCAGAUGAUGGAGAACCUGGUGAUCGCCAAGGCCCGGGAGCAGACCCUGCAGAGGAAGAUGGGGGAGCGCCGGCUGCGGCUCCAGGAGGCCGCCAACAGGAGGUUCUGCAGUCAGGUGGCCCUGACCCCGGAGGAGCAGGAACAGCGGGCCCUGUAUGCCGCCAUUCUUGAGUACGAGCAAGACCACGACUGGCCAAAGCACUGGAAGGCCAAGCUCAAGAAGAGCCCCGGGGACCUGUCCCUGGUGACCAGCCUGGUCUCCCACCUGCUCAGCGUUCCCGACCACCCCAUCUCGCAGCUCCUGAAGAGGCUCCAGUGUGCAGUGUACCAGGCGCUGUACCCCAUUGUGAGCAGGGGCGCCAACGAGCUGCUGGGUCCUGGGAGCCGGCGGCUCCGGCCUUCACAGAGCCUCUACUGCGUGCUCUCCACGCCAGAGCCCAGCCUGGCCCUGCAGCCCCUGGACGGCCUUGCAGCUGGCGUGCCCCCAGCCCAGCCCAGACCUCCUGACGGAGGAGUGGACAGCAGCCCUCUGGGCCCUCCCUCACCCCUAGCACACACCACGUCCCACUCCCUGGACAAGGACAGCUCCUUUGAGGACCUGGAACAGUUCUUGGCUACUUCUGAGAGGUCGGGCCGGAACCUUGGGGGGCGGCCUGAGCCCCAGUUCCCAGAGGUGAAGGAGCAGUCGCUGGAGCAGCUGGCAAGCACUGUGAAAGACAUCCACAAUGCCGUUGACAGGCUGCUCUCGCUGACCCUCCUGGCUUUUGAAGGCCUGAACACGGCCUCCUCCAAAGACCGCUGCUUGGCCUGCAUUGAGGAGCCCUUCUUCUCCCCUCUGUGGCCCCUGUUGCUGGCCCUCUACAGGAGCGUGCACCGCCUCCGGGAGGCCGCCCUGAGCAGGAGCAUGGAGCUGUACAGGAACGCACCCCCAGCAGCCAUCGGCAUCCCUCCCAAGCUCCUCCCCCAGGAUGGCCCCGAGGCCCGGGGAACGGGCAGCUUCCCCUACAGGGCGGCAGCCCAAGAGCUAGGGCUGCUGGUUCUGGAGACCUGCCCCCAGAAGAAGCUGGAGUGCAUCGUUCGGGCCCUGCGGGUCACGUGUGCCUGUGCCGAGGACUACUGCCGGGCCCGGGAGCCCACGUCCGAGGCUGGGCCCCAGCCUGGUGUCACCGCCAUCAGUGGUGCUGACGACCUCCUGCCCAUCCUGUCCUUUGUGGUGCUGAGAAGUGGUCUACCCCAGCUGGUGUCAGAGUGUGCAGCCCUGGAGGAGUUCAUCCACGAUGGGUACCUGAUGGGAGAGGAGGGUUACUGCCUCACAUCGCUGCAGAGUGCCCUGCGCUACGUGGAGCUGCUGCCCCCGGGAGCCCUGGGCAGGUAGCAGAGGAGGCUGGGACCCACCAGGGACUAUCCAGGCGUGCCCCCAGUGUGGCCAGCUGUGGUGGGACUAUGCCGCUCUCUCCCCAACCCUGUCCUGACAGCUGCUUCCGGGGGGCUCAAGGAGGCUCCUCUGACCCUUACAGGGUGGGGCUGAGUCAGCUGCCAGAAACCAGGCCCUUCUCCCUGUGUCCCAGCCUCUGAGAGGCUCCAUGCAGGGAAACUGGAGCUGUGGGUCCCCUUAGGCUUGCACACUCCUACUGCCCAGCCCACUGAUGCCUUUCAGGCCCACUGACCCAAGGGCAAAGGGGCCACAGGCCUGGCUGAGGGUAGGUCUGUUUUUCUCCCUUCCUGUGCCCGGUGACUGUCAGAGCCACCUGAGCCAGUUUCUUGUCAGAGUCAGAAAGAGAGCCUGUCCCCGCCAGACCUGGAUCCCAGGUGGUUUGCUGUUUAUUUAUUGGGCAUUCGCCACUCUACUCUCCCCCCAAGGCCCAGGUAUCCCCUGGGCACCCACUGGUAUCUAGAUGCCUUUGCCUCUGGGCAUCGGACAUCCUGGGACCCUGGCCAAUUCCCACCCCCACAGUCCCCUUCUGGAUAGUGCGAGCUUGAGGGUCAGCUCCUCCCUGCAGCCCUCGGCCCAUUUUGAUCAUCACGUGCCCCUGGGCAGCCACUGACCUGGCCAAAAAUAAAAAGGCUGCUGAUGUCU